CCCGAGCUCCCAUUACGGUCAUCCCUCGUCCUUCUCCUCCGGCUAUCAACACCAUCCAGCUCCAGGACCAAGCAUCGCAGGCAUGAUUUCGCCGAUUGAACCUCGACGACAAUCAGAUGAGUCGGAGACUCCUCACCGACAGUCGCUCCCUUCGCUCUCCGAGGUUAUCUCUGGUGCGAAGCCCAGUCCUUACCCCCCUUCUCAGGGUUCCAGCAUGCAAGACGCUCUCCCAGCCAUCUCAGAGCCGCCCUCGAGACCUCCUGUUUUCGCAGGUCGACCACCUGCAUCACUGGGCGGGUUCUCUGGCCCUCAGCCUAGCCCGCCUCUCAAGCAUGAGCAUAUGCGCGAUAUGCGCGAGAGCGAUCCGCGCGCCGCUGAGAACGCUGGCCCGUAUGCGCAACACUCCAUUCCACUCCCGCCGACGGUAUAUCCGCAUCCCCAGCAUCCCAGCCAGCUCCCGCCAGGACAAGUCCCGUUGCCGCCUGCAUAUCCAGUCUCCCCGCGUCACGCUGGUCCACCUCCCCCCUUCCCUUAUGAGGCCCAGCGCCCGACAGCGCACAGAGAGGACCCCGAGUACGGCCCUUCACGGGUGAGGACACACCUCGACGCGUGGGGGUAUCAGGAUUGCUUUUCUAGAAUUGGUGCAGCAACAAGAACGAUCUUUAACUUCGCCGAGGCCUACGGCAAGAUUGCAGCGGAACAGCAAGGCGCUCAUCACCCAUUGCACGAUCGACUUCCCACCGAGCUGGAAUUGAACGACAUGAUCGAUAACGUGGAGUACAUCCGGAAUUCGCUAGACUCGGUGCGACAAGUCGUCAAGGAGAGCAACGAACGUGUGCGGGCAGCCGGAAAACCGAAGGGCUACGAUGAUGAGGACACACCCAUGUACGACGGCAUGAACAAGAACAACUACGGCAUUACGGAGGUCAAGAAGCGUAGAGGGAGAGCUGCACCUCCUGGGAGAUGCCAUAGCUGCAACCGAAUCGACACUCCGGAAUGGCGCCGAGGCCCCGAUGGUGCCCGAACGCUCUGCAACGCCUGUGGACUGCACUACGCCAAACUCGAGCGAAAGCGCCAGCUCGAAGCUCGGCAAAUCCGCCCCAAGCCUUCUGACGAGAGGAGCUGAGACUGUCUUGGUCCAUAGGUGAACCGGAGACACGCUCACAGUACAAAUUCCCGGGCGAGCUCUGACUUCACUGGCUGCUCUGCGACCAAACCGACACGGCGUUCGGCUUGGUUCGCUCCAUUACCAACAAACAAACACACACAUACACACAUAACAGGAUACCCUUCACUGCCUACCGGCACCGUCAUCCAUCAUCCAUCUAGCAGCGUCCACGUUGCAUUAUCUUCAGACACUAGCAACAAAAUGGCUACACUUGACUUGGACUUUUCUUUUUCAAUACCCGGCA